AUGCGCUGCAACGCCAACGACAUGGACCCCCACAACACGAACACCAACGACUUGGACUCCGACAACACGAACACCAACGACUUGGACUCCGACAACACGAACACCAACGACGACCCCGCCAACCAGCACACCAACGACGCGAACUCCGACAACAAGAACACCAACGACGUGGACCCCGACAACACGAACACCAACGACGACCCCGCCAAGCAGCACACCAACGACGCGGACUCCGACAACACGAACACCAACGACGUGGACCCCGACAACACGUACUCCGACAACCAGGAAGAUAUAACACCGCCUCGAGUCCAAAUGGGUUAG